AUGGGUUCAAUCUCACCUCCAGCAGAGCCACAGAUGGCUCUUCCUGCCAAGCUCUCGCCUGCACUCAGCGACAGGGAAGCCAUUGCAGACACGCUCUCUCGAUUCUGCCUCGGCAUGGAUACCAACGACGUGGAACUCUUCGAUUCGGCUUUCACUGCAGACGCAUUCUGGGAUCUCAGCGGCAAGAAAGUUCAUGGCUUGGAGGCCAUCCACAAGGAAUGCUACUAUUACAACAUUGUUCGCCUCGACACAACGCACAUGGUCAGCAAUGUACGAGUCCACAUCGAAGAGAAUGGCACCGAAGCCAGCAUGACUUGCUUAUACGUUGCUUGGCAUUGGCCAGGUGGGAUGGGCAUGCAUCCUGAUUCGCAUCGCUUCACAACUGGAGGCCAGUACUAUUUCGACGUCGUCAAGGAUGAAACCACUGGUCUUUGGAAAGCCAAGACUUUCAGAAUGAAGAAACAGUGGUCAGAAGGAGACAUUGCUGUCAUGGGUCACAAGAAGCCAGUGGAGAUGCUCAAGACCGAGUUGGAGAUGCAGAAGAUGGCGCUGAAAUCAUGA